AAACGAGUGGUAUUCAGGCUGAGCUGCUUCGGACAGAAUUCACAAAAGUGGUCGAGGGAGAAGAGAUAAGGAUGUGGUGUUUUAUCAGUUAGCAAUAAUCAGAAGAAAAAUGCAUAUGAAUAAGCAACUUAAAAUCUGCUUCCAGGUGAUCUUAUGGCUUUCAAUUCAACAAGUGCUGCAUGAUGUGGCUGCAGGCAGUAGUCCAACUUCUCAAAAAACUGGCUCAUCAGUCUCUGAUGCAAACCUGAUGUUUGAGUUCUUGCUGGGCGGGGUGGAGAUCGACCGGGACAACAACAUUGUAAUGCUCGACGAGGAGAUGGCAUCGAUGAGGCUGGGGCGGGCUUUUCUGUCUCAGAUCAAUGACAACAUCCCCAGAAGUCUGAGCUCCAUGGUGCAGACGGUGACCACACUGAAGGAUCGGAGAAGCAGGCCGCUGACUCAUGAUCAGUUUGAUGUUCUUGUCCUGAGCAUGGUGUACUCUGCCCAACAGGCCUGGCAACAGGACAGAAGAAAGGAAAAGGAGGCCUGGAGUGAAGUGCUCCUCCAGCUGGCAAAUGUCACGGUCCAUGAACUACGUGGAAACUAUCUCUCCAGUUAUGCAUGAUACACAAACUGCCUAUCUAUAUGAGAUAAAGGUGUAUGCAAUAAAUCACUUGCCUUAAAUCUUCUUGUAAUGUGUUUUCAUAGUAUCGAUGUGGUCAAAUAAAUACUCAAUUGUGUAUCAAA